AUGAAAAUUCUGUUUGAGGAUGGAAGAGUUAAAGUAGAAGUCCCUGAGGAAGAAAUAGCCAAAUUAUUUGUGAUCAAGGAAGUAGAACCCACCCCUAUCCCUGAGGAGGUGGAACAGGCUGUGGUACCAUGGGUAUGGGAGGCAGGAGUCCCGGGGAAGUCCAAAGCUGCUCAACCAGUAAUAGUGGAAUUAAAAGAAGGGGCACAACCUGUGAAUAUAAAACAGUAUCCUAUUAAACUUGAAGCCAAAAAGGGGGUCGCUCCUCUCAUAGCCCAAUUUUUAACACAAGGAAUACUGGAAGAAUGUGAAUCAGAAUACAAUACCCCUAUUUUCCCCGUAAAGAAGCCUAACGGUAAGUAUAGAUUGGUACAGGAUUUACGGGCAAUUAAUAACAUUGUUAAAGAUAUUCACCCGGUGGUUGCAAAUCCAUAUACUCUGUUAACAUCUGUGUCUGAAAAAUUUAAAUGGUUCACUGUGAUUGAUUUGAAGGAUGCAUUCUUCUGCAUUCCCUUGGCAUUGCAAAGUAGGAAAUAUUUUGCCUUCGAAUGGGAAAGCCCAGACACCGGUCGUAAGAAGCAACUCACCUGGACGAGAAUUCCCCAAGGAUUUAAAAACAGUCCCUCGAUAUUUGGGAAUCAGUUGGCAAAAGAAUUGGAAGGAUGGCAGAUGACUGAGGUAAGAGACUCACCGUCCUCAUACGUGAUUUUGCAGUAUGUCGAUGAUAUUUUUCUAGCCACUGAAGAGAAAGAACUGUGUUUGAAACUUACAAUAGCAUUGUUGAACAUGCUGGGCCAGGCUGGAUAUCGGGUAUCAAAGGAAAAAGCACAGCUAGUAAAGGAAAGUGUGAUUUACCUGGGUUGUGAAAUCAUUCAGGGUCAGAGACGGUUGGGAAUCAACCGAGUGGAGGCCAUUUGCGCCAUCCCGCUCCCGAGGAGUCAUCAAGAAUUAAGAUCUUUCCUGGGGAUGGUAGGAUGGUGUCGAUUGUGGAUUCCGAAUUUCGGGUUAUUAGCAAAACCAUUGUAUGAGGCCCUGAAGGAACCACAGCUGAACUGGGACAGGUUAAGGAAGAAUGCCUUUCAGAAUUUAAAGCAAGCCCUGAAGGAGGCCCCGGCUUUAGGGCUCCCGGAUCUAAGCAAGGACUUUCAGUUGUACGUGAAUGAAAGACAAAAAUUGGCUCUGGGAGUGUUAACUCAACGGAUCGGGUCAUGGAAACGGCCGGUGGGAUACUUCUCGAAGCAGCUGGACACAGUUAGUGCUGGUUGGCCGUCGUGCUUGCGGGUGGUUGCGGCCACGGUGAUCCUCAUUCAAGAAGCCAGAAAAUUGACAAUGGGCAAGAAAAUGGAGGUAUUUGUGCCCCAUAUGGUACUGGCUGUUUUGGAACAAAAGGGGGGUCACUGGUUAUCAUCUAGCCGAAUGCUGCAGUACCAAGCCAUAUUGAGAGAGCAGGAUGAUGUAGAAUUGAAAAUAACUAAUCAUAUCAAUCCAGCAGAAUUUCUCCGCAGUGAACAGGAGGAAGGGGAAUUGGCGCAUGAUUGUGUGGAGGUUAUCGAGCAGGUAUACGCGAGUCGGAUGGAUCUUAAGGACACACCACUGGAAGAUCCAGAUUGGGAACUGUUUACGGACGGAUCAAGCUAUGUGGAAAGUGGUACCAGGUAUGCAGGGUAUGCCGUGGUGACUGUUCAUACGGUGGUAGAGGCAAAAGCUUUACCUCCUGGCACCUCAGCUCAGAAGGCAGAGAUAAUUGGGCUUACACGAGCCCUUAUUCUGAGUACUGGAACGAAGGUUAACAUUUGGACUGAUUCUAAAUAUGCCUUCGGGGUAAUCCAUGUACAUGGGGCAUUGUGGAAGGAGAGGGGACUACUCAGUUCACAGGGAACUUCUAUCAAAUACAAAGAAGAAAUCCUAGCCUUGCUGGAAGCAGUACACAGGCCGACAAAAGUUGCGGUAAUGCACGUAAGAGGACAUCGGAAGGAGGAAGGAAAAAUUUAUCGUGGAAAUGAUUUGGCAGAUGUGACAGCUCGAAAGGUGGCACGAGAGGUAUGGACUCAGAUGGCAUUAAUACCUGUCAAGGUAAGCCCAGUGAAUCCCUUCCUAAACCAGGCACCCAAAUACACAACAGACGAUGAGAAGCUGGCAACGUUAUUGAAUGCACAAAAGAACACGACUGGAUGGUAUGUGACAACAACGGGACAAGUAGUGGUACCAGCAAAAAUAAUGAAAGUCAUCCUUGAAACAGAACAUAACAAAUGCCAUUGGGGUGCGGAGAUGCUCGUAAAAUUCUUACGGAGAGAGAUAGUUUCGAACCAGAUGUUAACACUUGCAAAACGGGUGAAUGCAAUGUGCCCAGUCUGUUUGAAAAACAAUCCGAUUGUCAGGAAACAAAUUCAACUGGGGAAACUACAGGUAGGACCGGAACCAGGAGAUUAUUGGCAGGUAGAUUUUUCCGAGUUACCAAAAGCACAGAAUUUCAAAUACUUAUUAGUGUAUGUCUGUACCUUUUCAGGAUGGCCAGAAGCCUACCCCUGUAGGACAAAUCAGGCUAAAGAAGUGGUCAGGACAUUGCUCAAGGAGAUAAUUCCCAGGUUUGGAGUACCUCUAGGGUUAUCGUCAGAUAGAGGUCCACAUUUUAUAGCUGGAGUCGUUCAAACAGUAGCCAGGAUGCUGGACAUAUCAUGGGACUUGCACACACCUUGGCGACCUCAAUCAAGUGGUCAGGUUGAAAGAAUGAAUCAAACAUUGAAAGGGCAAAUUAAGAAAAUUUGUCAGGAAGCUAAAAUGCAAUGGCCGCAAGCAUUACCGUUAGCUCUAUUGCGAAUUAGGAUAAAGCCCAGAGAGAGGUUGGGAGUAAGUCCUUAUGAGAUUCUAUAUGGGAAACCUUAUCAUGCUACUGUACUGAAGGGAGAUUUGCAUGUACAAGGGGAUCAAGUGAUAUUUAACUAUGUAAUGUCACUAAACAGAACUCUCAACAGCCUACGGGGAGCCCUGCAGUGGAACCGACCUCUACCACUGGAGAACCCCGUCCAUGACAUCCAGCCUGGUGACCGAGUGUAUGUGAAAAACUGGUUUACUGAUCCACUGAAAGAAACAUGGGACGGUCCUUACCAGGUGAUCCUGACGACAUACACAGCAGUAAAGGUGGCGGGAAUCGACACCUGGAUCCACUACACUCGAGUCAAGAAAAUUCCAACACAAUGGGAGGCUCAGAUGGUCUCCCCGACGCGAAUGAUAUUUCGCGCAAAGCCGCAUUCUUAAUUAUUCUGUUACUGGUAAUGAUGAAAUUGAUACCUACUCAAGGUGUUGUGGUUGUUACUGUUUCAGAAUCUGUUGUCGGAAUCAUGGAAGGGAUGGAUGUGAAUCUGACCUGUGCUGUUACCAAUGACCAGAAAGCUGAAGCCCGAGAUUU